CCCCAGGAGCUAAGAACUGAGAAUAAGACGUAGUGGAGAAUGAAGAAAUAAACUUGGGGACCUGUGGAAAAUGAGGUCGACGCCCCUGCUGCAGCUGGCUCUGCUUCUCCUCCUGCAUGGAAGCCUGGGGGUGCCGGGGUGUCCUCCGCCCUGCGAGUGCCACCAGGAGGAUGACUUCAGGGUCACCUGCAAAGACAUCCACCGCAUCCCCAGCCUUCCCCGCAGCACGCAAACCCUGAAAUUUAUCGAGACUCAUCUGAAAACCAUCCCCAGUUAUGCAUUUUCAAAUCUGCCUAAUAUUUCCAGGAUUUACUUAUCAAUAGAUGCAACUCUGCAGCGGUUGGAAUCAUGCUCCUUCUACAACUUGAGUAAAAUAACUCACAUAGAGAUUCGGAAUACUAGGAGCUUAACUUACAUAGAAGCUGGUGCGCUGAAAGAGCUCCCCCUUCUAAAGUUCCUUGGCAUUUUCAACACUGGACUUAGAGUAUUCCCUGAUCUAACUAAAGUUUAUUCCACUGAUGUAUUCUUUAUACUUGAAAUUACAGACAACCCUUAUAUGACUUCAAUCCCUGCAAAUGCUUUCCAGGGACUGUGCAAUGAAACUGUGACACUGAAACUCUACAAUAAUGGCUUCACUGCGGUCCAAGCACACGCUUUCAAUGGGACGAAGCUGGAUGCUGUUUACCUGAACAAGAAUAAACACUUGACAGAUAUUGACAAAAGUGCAUUCGGAGGUGUGUACAGUGGACCCACCUUGCUGGACAUCUCUUACACCAGUGUCACCGCCCUGCCCUCCAAGGGCCUCGAGCACCUGAAGGAACUGAUAGCAAGAAAUACUUGGACUCUAAAGAAACUUCCACUUUCCUUAAGCUUCCUUCACCUCACACGGGCUGACCUUUCUUAUCCAAGCCACUGCUGUGCUUUUAAGAACCAGAAGAAAAUCAGAGGUAUCCUCGAGUCCUUAAUGUGUAAUGAGAGCAGUAUUCACAGCCUGCGCCAGAGAAAAUCUGUGAAUGCUUUGAACGGCCCCUUCUACCAGGACUAUGAAGAGGACCCAGCUGAUGGCAGUGCCAGUUACAAGGAAAACUCCAAGUUCCAGGAUAUCCAUAGCAACUCUCAUUAUUAUGUCUUCUUUGAAGAACAAGAAGAUGAGAUCAUUGGUUUUGGCCAGGAGCUUAAAAACCCCCAGGAAGAGACCCUACAGGCCUUUGAUAACCAUUAUGAUUAUACUGUGUGUGGGGGAAACGAAGACAUGGUGUGUACCCCCAAGUCAGAUGAGUUUAACCCCUGCGAAGACAUAAUGGGCUACAAGUUCCUGAGAAUCAUAGUCUGGUUUGUCAGUCUGCUGGCGCUCCUGGGCAAUGUCUUUGUCCUGGUCAUCCUCCUCACCAGCCACUACAAAAUGACCGUCCCACGCUUUCUCAUGUGCAACUUGGCCUUUGCAGAUUUCUGCAUGGGGAUGUAUCUGCUCCUUAUCGCCUCCGUAGACCUCUACACUCAUUCUGAGUACUACAAUCAUGCCAUUGACUGGCAGACAGGUCCUGGGUGCAACACAGCUGGUUUCUUCACAGUGUUUGCCAGUGAGUUAUCCGUAUAUACACUGACAGUGAUCACUCUGGAGCGCUGGUAUGCCAUCACUUUUGCCAUGCGCCUGGACCGGAAAAUCCGCCUCAGACAUGCAUAUGCCAUCAUGGUCGGGGGCUGGAUUUGCUGCUUCCUACUGGCCCUACUCCCUUUGGUAGGAAUAAGUAGCUAUGCCAAGGUCAGCAUAUGCCUGCCCAUGGACACUGAGACCCCUCUAGCCCUGGCAUAUAUUAUCCUUGUUCUAUUGCUCAACAUAGUUGCUUUUAUCAUCGUCUGUGCCUGUUAUGCGAAGAUCUAUAUCACAGUCCGAAAUCCCCAAUACAAUCCUGGGGACAAAGACACCAAAAUUGCCAAAAGGAUGGCUGUGUUAAUCUUUACUGACUUUAUGUGCAUGGCCCCAAUCUCAUUCUAUGCUCUGUCAGCACUGAUGAACAAGCCUCUCAUCACCGUGACUAACUCCAAAAUCUUGCUGGUUCUCUUCUAUCCACUUAACUCCUGCGCCAAUCCAUUUCUCUAUGCCAUUUUCACCAAGGCCUUCCAGAGGGAUGUAUUCAUCUUGCUCAGUAAAUUUGGCAUUUGUAAACGCCAGGCUCAGGCAUACCGAGGCCAGAGAGUUUCUCCAAAGAACAGCACUGGUCUUCCAGUCCAAAAGGUUACCAGGGACAUGAGGCAAAGUGUCCCUAACAUGCAAGAUGACUAUGAACUGCUUGAAAACUCUCAUCUCACCCAAAAUAAGCAGGGUCAAAGCUCAAAAGAGUAUAAUCAAACAGUUUUGUAGGUUGAUCCUCUAACUAAUGGCAAUGGCUGAGGGGCUUCUACAAGGCUGGAUUCUUGAACAUGCAUUCCAACCACAUGAUACACAGUUGACGUAACCCUUGUGCAGGUGAUGUUUCACAGGGCAAGAGUUUGUCUCUGAACAGGCAUUGUCAUUAACCUCAUCACCAUCUCCAAGAAAGAAGAGUCUGAAUCCCAGGUCAAAUUAAAAGAAUCUAUGCUUUCUCAAAGACUUGUGAUGUCAAAUGCAGAUAUUGACAUAGUGUAAGAUGCUCAACAGAAUCACCUGAAUCAUGUCAACACCUGAGCUGCUCACUUUACACAGCAUUUCAUACUGAAGAUUAAGCAGUGCCAAAUGCUAUUAACUUGGUUGAUGACUACAAGAAAGAA